AUGCCAGCAAUUUCUCCUCCCCAUGACUAUUCGCAAGGGCAAUUCCAACAAUCUCAGACUGUGCAAAGUCCUCAAUAUGGCGCUCAACAUCCUCAACAAACUUACCAGCCCACAUACGGCGCUCCUUCUUACCAUCAGAGCCCCCCCAACAGUCACAAUUAUCAUCAACCAAGCUCCGUAAGCCGACCUGAGCCAACUCCUCAGAACUUUUAUUCGAAUGGCCAGCCUCCCUACACCCAGCCGAACUCACCCUCGGCAACGUACACGCACCCUAAUCAAGGACCAUCAUCGUCUCAGAGUCAUAGUCUAUCAAGUGCUCUGCAACAGGCGACCUCAUUGUUUUCGGACAGUGACAAAGUUGUCAAGUCUUACUAUGGACUCAAGAGCAAAGCCAGAGCCAAGUUCACCCAAUUCGUCUCGCAGAGCGUGACACCUUCACAGCCUACCUACAAUCCUCAGGUCCAGUACGCUCAGAACCACAACCCGCCGUAUAACCCUUCACCAUCGUCUCCAUCUCCCGUUCAUCCUCCCGGCGCUCAAUACCAUCAAACUCAGCAAUCUUACUACCAGCAUCCGAGCCCAAUAGAAAACUUGGCAACUCCACCAGCACAGUCUCCCUACUAUCACCCGCCCCCUUCUCAGGAACAGGCCUAUCCUGUACCAUCUCAUAGUUCAGCUGUGCUGUCACAGCAACGAGAUCAGUAUAGUCAACAGACUCAAAAGGAUUCAUCUCCUCAUUAUCUGGCUCAUAUCUCACAAACCCCCGGGAACGAUGGUCCAUCUGGCAUGCCGACACCCAGUGCCAUCUUUUAUGGGAACGACAAUCCCAAUUCCGCCGUUCAGCAACACACUGUACCUGCAGCUUCAACAGCAACUCACACACCGCCUGUGGUAACACUGCAGCAACUUCCUGAGCAUCAGCAGCAUAUUCAACUUGUCCAGGAAGGGACCUCUCGCCCAAUUGAAGCUACGCAAGAGCCAGGAAGACCUACAGCAGGCGCUAUUCAUCCCUCGACCUCGCUGAUAGAAGUCAAUACCGCUGAAUGCCCACCUUCUCAACCCCACAUUGCCGAGAAGGUCGCUCAUGUUUCUCACGAGGAAGUACCGGCAGCCAGUUUAGUCGACCAAAUUUCUACAAUCCUCGGCAAUGUCAGCAUUGGCGAAGCCCCUUCAUCGCAGAGCAACCCUCCGACGCCUGACGCUGUCGACUUCCACGACUACAAAAGAGCCCUUCCCCGUGUCACCGAAAAUGGGGAACCUAACGCAGUUGUUUGGGAAUGCCCAGCAGACCGAGAGGUCAAGUAUGAAACAGACUGGUAUCAUAUAUCAGACAUACCAAACUUCCUCGUCUGCACACACUGCCACGAGAGUUGCCUUGCACAGACACCCCUGGGAGGCUCUUUCAUACGCACCAGGCAACCGGGAGGACGUUGUCGGUUCAAUGCUCCCCGAAUCACCAGACUCCUGCUACCCGAGUGUCUCAAGCGCAGAGAUAUCACUCCUCUGCGGGAGUUCAUGACAGCUCGACUCGAUGUCCUGGACUGCAAAGGAGUCUCGGGUGCCGAUGGCUCAGCAGGAAUCAAAUGGUACCAACCGCUUGACGACAGACUCGAUGGCUUCGUAUCUUGUGAGGCUUGUUAUCAAGAUAUCGUGCUGGCAACAUCGUUCCGUGACAAAUUUGUUCCGCACGACUCACCCCAAGCAUCUGAUGCCGUCUGGGCCUGCGACAUCUGUCUCCCCUUCAUGAGUCGAUCCAUAGUCAGACUUUCAAAAUCAGGAGUCGACGGCUGGAACUCAUGGGUAGAAGCAGCAGCGAAGCACAUUGCUCUGCCUGAAUGCGACAAGGGGCCCGUAUCGCCGUCCUCCAGACGCUGGAUGCGACUGCGCGGCGAGCAGCAUCCGGAUUUCAAAAUGUGUGAAAAGUGCUACGAGAAACAUGUGGCUCUGACGACACUGGAUAAGAACUUUGAAUCUAUUCCACAUGUGCCGAGUCACACAGGAUUAGACUGGAUGGACGCCGCACUAGGCUAUACAACGACGGAGCCUACGCCCAUCGCAUGCAGCAUGAACAGCUUGCCCGUUGAGGUCGCGCUCACAGACGCCAAGGACUUUCAGGACAUCAACGUUCUCUACCGUGCUCUGGAGGUCAUCCUCUCCUGCCCACCGUGUACCGAACGGGGCAUCAUCAACGGCACGUGGUACACGUUGACCGGCGGCGGCUGCGACGACUAUAGGAUCUGUGCCCCAUGCCACGCAGCCUUCAUCACCCCAUUCGGACUGGACCGAUUCUACGAGAAAUCUCAGAGCGAGGAAGCAGGAGAGACCUACUUCUGCAGCUUCGAGCGAUCCUCGGCCCCGCGAUGGGUCGACCACAUGAACCGCAACGCCGAAGCCGUCGAGACCGGCGUCUGGUCCCGCUACUCCGACUUCGUGCGCAAAUUCGCCGGCGUCCCGCACUGCGCCAAGGAGAACCUCGUCGACAACCGCCGCUGGUAUGGGUGGGACGACUGCACAAUCUGCCCAGAGUGCUACAUCACCUUCUGCCAGGAGAGCUCGCCACCUCCCCCUAGUCUGACAAUGGAAUUCAACAACGACCUUGUCGUCGAGAAGAGGAUGUGCUGCCUGUACUCCCCGCGCAUGCGGCAAAAGUGGAUCGAGGCGUGCGAGGCGGGCAACGCGGAGGCGCUGAUCGAGUUUUCGAGGGUGCGGCACGGGGUUUGGGUGCAGACUGUGCUGCAGGUCCAGGCGCUUCGCCAGAUGCAGGAUAUGCAGAUGAUGAAUGCUAUGCAUGCGGGCUUCAUGAGUGUUACGUACCAAGGUAUUGAGGGGAUACAGGUGGUGUCUGGCACGACAGAUGGGUACGAGCAUGGGAAUAGUCAACUUGGAUGGCAUGCGACGGAGGCGGGCGCAACGAGUGCAGCUUUUCGGAAUCAGAUGCAGGCUGGGAUGGCUCAGUCUAAUAGUUCGAAUACGUGGAUGACGAUAUGGCAGUUGUUGCUGAAAUGGUCAGAGUAUGAGUAG